CCCUGAACACGCUGAACCCACCCGCCAGGAGAAUAUGACGCAAUGACUAUUAAACAGCGCUCACAUCCUCUGUGAGAUCAAGUGCACACAUAUCACAGCUAGUCUCUGUCUCAGGUCUGUUUACUCCAUCUCUCUCCUCUGAGACAGAAAACUGCUUCCAGACUUCUACAAGGAAUGGCUUAUUGCCGAGGUGUCCUACUCUUCACUCUUCUGUGCAUCUACGAUCCUGUACCUGCACACAGGCACUCAGCGAUCACAGAGAGUUGCUGCAAAAAUGUUCUGGAGAUGCCCUUCCCAAGGAAAAAUUACUCAAGACUGGAAUAUUACACCAUCUUGCCCAGCAUUAAACGCUGCCCUCAGCGAUUGCAGUUCAGCACAAAGGGUGGUAUUUCCUUUUGCACGUCAAUGAGGAACGGGCAGCAAAUGAAAGAAUUCCUUGACUCUCAAUCUAAAGCUCCCUCCGAGACCCGGCCAUCCAAGGAAUUUCAAAUCGGGCGUAAAGAGACAACAGGAAGCAGGGAGGCAGCAUCAAAGGGCACAUUCCGUCCUGCGAUAUCAACUCCCCCCCAAGUAUCUCCGGUCAGCUCCGUCCCCACUGCAGCUCUGCAUCCACAAGGCAGCUCCCCCAAUCCCUCGGUGCCUCUGUCCCCCCUCCCCACUAGUACCCAAGGGUAUGAGGCCAACCCGGAGCCCACCUCCUCUGUCACUGCCCUGCCCGAGUCGCACGGCCAUGAGGACAGCCCGUCUCUUCCGCCAACGUCCAGCUCAGGCCAGCUGCAGGCCGUCACCACAGGAGGUUGGGAUAAAGCCACAUACCGGGCAGAUUUCCACCCGUGGAAUGGUACGGGCACUGCCCCACUGAGGGCCAUCACCACAGUGACUGCCCCUUCAAAUGAUCAUGGCACGGAGGAGACCAGGACUGGAGAAGUCACCAACAGACCCACUCCCUCCGAGACCCGGCCAUCCAAGGAAUUUCAAAUCGGGCGUAAAGAGACAACAGGAAGCAGGGAGGCAGCAUCAAAGGGCACAUUCCGUCCUGCGAUAUCAACUCCCCCCCAAGUAUCUCCGGUCAGCUCCGUCCCCACUGCAGCUCCGCAUCCACAAGGCAGCUCCCCCAAUCCCUCAGUGCCUCUGUCCCCCCUCCCCACUAGUACCCAAGGGUAUGAGGCCAACCCGGAGCCCACCUCCUCUGUCACUGCCCUGCCCGAGUCGCACGGCCGUGAGGACAGCCCGUCUCCUCCGCCAGCGUCCAGCUCAGGCCAGCUGCAGGCCGUCACCACAGGAGGUUGGGAUAAAGCCACAUACCGGGCAGAUUUCCACCCGUGGAAUGGUACGGGCACUGCCCCACUGAGGGCCAUCACCACAGUGACUGCCCCUUCAAAUGAUCAUGGCAUGGAGGAGACCAGGACUGGAGAAGUCACCAACAGACCCAGCACCACAGCAUCCCAAGGCAGAACCAUGGCGGAGAUGGCCAGAAACAGGCACCCACUUGUUUCCAAAGAGAGGAACAGAGCCUCAUGGGAGGGUCCAGGAGGUCAGAGGUUGCACAUUGGCUUGAUGGUCGUCUUUGUGGGGGCGGUGGUCCUCAUCUUGUGGAUGGCGUUGAUCUCGAGAGCUUGUGGACAGGCUUCCACAUUGGCCGACAAUUUCCCCUGGCAUCAUGGCGAAGAUCGUGCGACCCUGCUGCGGUACAGUCGGCACUCUGAAGCUCUGUGCGGCACCGUGUGAGGUGGGGACGAGGCGAAACCGGGGUCACUGGGGGAUAAGGCUCUUGAUGCGUAGGCAGGAUCCCCCGACUCCUGUUUCUGCUGAUCUCUCCCUCUCUCUCUCUCUCUCCGUCUGCUAGCUGUACAAACCUGCAGUAGGAAGGGAGGGCACAGAAGGUGCUGGGGAAAAGAGACCCAUGAAAGUCUUUGUCGAAGUUGGCGCACAUAGCUGGCGCGAGUCUUCAAUGUGAGAUUCCUCCGAUCAUCUGCAUCUUGCUCGCUCUGACUCCCCAAAGAAUCAUAACAUUUUGAGCGGACGCUGGCUCAGGAAAGCAAGCUGAGGCAUGCACUGUCUUUACCUUAGGCUCCAAGCCCCUGGGUGAAAGCAUCUUCACAGGCCUACCGUCUGAGCUACCUGACUUGUUACACUCGCUACACAAGUACCAGCUGGAGGCUUGGGAUCGGCACUUGUGGUCAUGGGGGUCUGUUGAUGCCCACAAACUCAAAAAAUAUUAUUUGAGCUGCAACUGACGCUGACAGUUUUAUUCUAGCUUCUGCAUUCGCUGUCUCAUCCAUCUCCCUGAUAGGGCUGCGUCCAGGGUUUCGAGGGACAAGGAGCUGUUGGAGCUGGGAGGGGAUUUCCCAGAUACUUACCCGCCUCGGGUUUAUUGAGUGGGGCGAACAUGGUGAGACUGCCAGCUGCAGAGUGUUCUCAUCCUGCCGGGGUGACCCAGCAGCCUGGGUAACUCGGGCAUGGUCUGCCCUCUCAUUGACAGGAUGCAAUUAGACUGGGGCUUAAACAGUCAGAGGGCCCUCGCUCACUCAGUCCCACACUCACACUCACACUCGCUCAGUCCCACACUCACACUCCCUCACACUCUCAAAUACUCACUCAGUCCCACACUCACACUCACAAUUUCUCACUCACACACACUUUCACACUCACACACACUUUCUCUC